UGGGGCCUCCGGGUCGCGGAGCAUGCGCAGCGCAGCGCCCGCGGGGAUCGCUAUGGCAGCGGCGUCGCGGUGGGUCGGGCCUCCGCGCUGGCGCCAGGGCCGGGUCGCCUUAGCCGCCGCCGGCACCACGUCCUCUCGGGCAUGAGCGGGGCCUCCCGCCGCCGCCGCUCGCCGCCCCGCCCGCCGCUGCCGCCGCAUCCCGACUGCGGGCCCGCGCCGGGAUCAUGCCCCUGACUGCCUACUGCUACCUGCGUGUCGUGGGCAGGGGCAGCUACGGGGAGGUGGCGCUCGUGAGGCACCGGCGGGACGGCAGGCAGUAUGUCAUCAAAAAACUGAACCUCCGACAUGCCUCCAGCCGAGAGCGGCGAGCUGCUGAACAGGAAGCUCAGCUCUUGUCUCAGCUGAAGCACCCCAAUAUUGUCACCUACAAGGAGUCGUGGGAGGGAGGGGAUGGUCUGCUGUACAUCGUCAUGGGCUUCUGUGAAGGAGGUGAUCUGUACCGAAAGCUCAAAGAGCAGAAGGGGAGGCUUCUGCCUGAAAGUCAGGUGGUGGAGUGGUUUGUUCAGAUUGCUAUGGCUCUGCAGUAUUUACAUGAAAAACAUAUCCUUCACCGAGAUCUGAAAACUCAAAAUGUCUUCCUAACAAGAACAAACAUCAUCAAAGUGGGUGACCUAGGAAUUGCCCGAGUGCUUGAGAACCACUGUGACAUGGCUAGCACCCUCAUUGGCACACCCUACUACAUGAGCCCUGAAUUGUUCUCCAACAAACCCUACAACUAUAAGUCCGAUGUUUGGGCUCUGGGAUGCUGCGUUUAUGAAAUGGCCACCCUGAAGCAUGCUUUCAAUGCAAAAGACAUGAAUUCUUUAGUUUAUCGGAUUAUUGAAGGAAAGCUGCCACCGAUGCCGAAAGAUUACAGCCCAGAGCUGGCAGAACUGAUAAGAACCAUGCUGAGCAAAAGACCUGAAGAAAGACCUUCUGUGAGGAGCAUCCUAAGGCAGCCUUACAUAAAGCACCAAAUAUCCUUGUUUUUGGAGGCCACGAAGGCAAAAACCUCCAAAAAUAAUAUUAAAAAUGGUGACUCUAAAUCCAAACCUACGGCUACAGUGGUUUCUGGAAAGGCUGAAUUAAGUCAUGAAGUAAUUCCCCCUCAACCACACUCUUCCGAGGGCUCCAAGACAUAUGUGAUGGGUGAAGACAAAUGUUUGUCCCAGGAGAAACCCAUAGUCAUUGGCCCUUUGAAGACACCCACAAGUCUGAAAGGCCACACCUAUAAAACAGACAUAAGCAAUACCGCAGAAUUGCUAGCCACGAUCAGUAGGGUGAAUAUUGACAUCUUACCUGCAGAAAGGAGGAGCUCAGUGAACGACGGUUUAGUUCAAGAGAAUCAACCAGGACACUUAGAUGCCGCUAAUGAGCUAGAAGGUAAAUGUAUUAUUUCUCAAGUGAAAGAGAGGCUGCAGGAUGAUAACACUCAAUCCAGUGCUCAGCCUGGAAACCAAAUUCCCACAUGGUCCUCUGACUGUGUCACUGGAGAAAGGAAUGACCCAGUGAAGCCUCUGCAGCCCCUAAACAAAGACCAAGAUUUACCAAAGGACCAGGAUCAGGUUGCUGUUGAAUGUGUUAUAGAAAAACAGGACAGAAUCCACCCAGCUUUACAGCCACACAGCUCUGGCUCUGAACCUUCCCUGUCUCGACAGCGGCGACAGAAGAAAAGAGAACAUACUGAGCACAGUGGGGGAAAAAGACAGUUCCAAGAGACUCCUCCUUGUCUUUUGCCUUCUCUUUCCACUGUUGGAAAAGUGGAUGUCACAUCAACACAAAAAGAUGCUGAAAACCAAAUUAGAGUGGUCACUGGGUCUGUGAGCAGUUCGAGGAGCAGUGAGAUAUCAUCAUCAAAGGACCGACCAUUAUCAGCAAGAGAGAGGAGGCGACUAAAGCAGUCACAGGAAGAGAUCUCCCCCUCAGGAACAGAGGGAGGAAACCAGGAGGAGAAUGGUACUGCUGAGGGCUGUGAACAUUCCUGUUACUAUUAUCUUAAGACAACAUAUUCUAGCAGUUUCCAUUUAUUGAAUGCUGACAGUGUCUCAAACAUUAUGGAAAUGAAACUCACCCAUUGUCUCUCUGAGAAUGAGUUAAGUUCUUCUACAAGUUCAACUGAUAAAUCAGAUGGGGAUUCCAAGGAAGGGAAAGGUCAUACAAAUGAAAUGAGUGACUUAGUACAGCUGAUGACUCAGACUCUGAAGUUGGACUCUAAAGAGAGCUAUGAAGAUCUUCCAGUACCAGAUCCAGUGUCAGAAUUUAAACUUCAUCGGAAGUAUCGGGACACGCUGAUACUUCAUGGGAAAGUUGUAGAAGAGGCAGAGGAACUCCAUUUUAAAGAGCUACCUUCAGCUAUCAUGCCAGGUUCUGAAAAAAUCAGAAGAAUACUUGAAGUCUUGAGAGCUGAUGUAAUUCGGGGCCUGGGGAUUCAGCUUUUAGAGCAGGUGUAUGAUAUUUUGGAAGAGGAGGAUGAAUCGGAAAGAGAGGUACAUUUGCGGGAGCACCUGGGUGAAAAGUAUGUGACUUACAGUGUGAAAGCUCGUCAGUUAAAAUUUCUUGAAGAAAAUGUGAAUUUUUGAGAAUUUAAUCUGCUGCCAGAAUGAAACUAUUUUCAAAGGUUUUUGGCUUAAACAAAAACAAUCAAACCUAAAACAGUGACUGGGGGCCAUUCACCAUCCUUAUAUCUUGGGGAUUUUUUUACUAGAAAAAAAUUGGACAGAGUAAUAUGAAGCAAGCUUACAAAAGAAAAAUCCUUUGGCUAUCUUUUCUUUAUGAAGAAAAAUCUGUUGUAAGAUGUUUGGUUACUGUUUAAUCAGCCUUAAACCAGCUUGCUAUCUAAACUUUUUUUUAAGGUACUUAUUAGCUUGAAUAUAGGGACAUAUAACAUACUGGAUUGGAAGUUUUAUAUUAUACUAUAGUGGUAAAAGCAAUAGGAAUAAAUGACAUAUAUCCAGUGAUACUACUUUUUACUGUUAAUAACCUUAAGUAGUUGAUAAAUUAUUUUUUUAUAAUUCUGGUAGUAGAUUUAAAGAUAUGAAGUUGUAUAUAGUACUUGAGCAAUUGAAUUCCUUCUUUUUUUGCAUAUUGAUGGGUGUUUAACAUUUUAUUUCUAUUUAGUAUGGACCUCAUUCAGGGUAUACAAGAAUUGAAACUAGGAGAUAUUUUGGCCUAGUAAAUCAAUACAUUUUUACAUACGGGGUUUUUUGUUUUUUAGAUUUAUUUUUCCGUCAGCCAAAAUAUUUCUUAAACACUAAUUCCUUUUCUAAUUCAGUAAUUUUUAAGUAAAAUCCAGAUCUGUUUUAGUUAUGUUGGACAUAUCUGUCUCCUGAAGUUUGUCUUCGUAUACAUCAAGAUAUUGUCUUCCCAUGUUUUAAAUGUGUAAUUGUAUAUCACAUAUUUUAUUAGUUGUUUAAUAAGGGGUAAUCCCAUCUAGGAAAUAGUUUUUAUAAAAGUUUUGAUUAGUAAA